AUGGCUCCUAGGAAAAAACGUGCUUCUCGGGCUCAGGCAGUGGAAGAACAGUCACCCCCUGCGCCACGCCCUGAUCCUCCGUUUGUUGUCUGGAUGAAGCAGCAGAUGGACAUGGGGAUCAGUCGCCUUCGCCUCAUUGGAGUCACGGACUCACAGGGCACUCGCCGCCCUGGCGUUUCGCCUAAUGCUGAACCUACCGCGGUGGGACUUGGCGACGCGGGCCCUGAUGAGGAGGAGCCGCCGAUUCCUUGCGAGGAGGACGGCGCCUACUCCGACGACGAAUCCUACUGCGACUCUGACGGUUUCACGGCCGCGGAUGCUGUGGACGACGACGGAGACGAGCCAGUCGAUCCGCGCGACCCGAAAGGGAAGCGCAAGGCCUCUACGUCGAAGCCUAAGAAGUCUCACUGGACCGACGACGAGCUUACUGAGCGUGCGGCUGCAAUGUGGAUGGCGAAAGGGGAUUGGGAUAACAUGAAGGGCAAGCAAGGCGCACAGCCUUGGAAGAAGAUGCGCCGAGUCCUUCGCAACACCAACCCAGAAUGGAGGCGCCCAUCUGACGCGAUGGCAAAGCAGUGGACACGGCUGAAGUUAAAAAUGGGCGACAUUCUUACCGAUGAGGCGCAAUCUGGAGCCGUUCCAAUUCCCAAGCCGGAUUGGUUCCUAUACGUGUACAAUUUCGUACACGCCGACAGGGCGCCCAAUCCGCACGUGGUGGAUGAAGGAGGCGCGCGCCACGCCAAUGCACAGCCAACACGAACGACGGCGCCUUUGGGAAACCCGGAUGUGGGGAUUGAAGGCACGCCCCCCCCUACCAUUCCCGUUCGUCGCCGCGCCAUGGAAUCUCCGGCGUACGCCGGGCAUCUCCUCGUGGCCGACACGAUCACGCGCAUCAUGAACGAACGGAACAGCAGGCAGGACGCGGCUUUCGAGCGCCUCCUAGCUGUCCUCGAGCGCAUGGCGCCAGCACCGUCAAGCAAGGAACCUCCCGCGACUGGCGGAACGGCGUCACCCGGGGGUCGCAGUGGCACAACUCCAUCAGAUGGGCCGCCCCGUUCCGACCCUUCUACGGCGCCUUCCGUGAUCAUGGCGCCCCCUUCAUCGGCGCCGUACGCUGCUGACCCGCUGGGAGCGCGUCAGAUCUUCGCCGACCCUUCAUACAUCAGCAAUGUCCCUCCCCCUCUUGCGCAGGACAGCAAUGGGCAGUGGUAUUUCACUACUGCUCAGGCGCAGACGCGUCCUCCUCAUGGCGCCUAA